AUGAAGGGCUUCAUCAUCAAGACGGCAAUUAUUGCUGCGACUCUCUUUUCUACUGCGACUGCAUCCGCCAAGGGACCUGUUGACACGUACAAAAAAUGUCAACGGCAGACAAAGCGUGCUACAGAAGGCUGUCCCAAGGGCACUCUCUUCGUAGCCAAGGAUGAUCCACGAGCAGACUUUUCCUCCAUCCAAAAAGCCAUCGACUACUUGGGUAACACAACAACCGCCGGCCAUAUUCUCAUUGCACCUGGAAACUACAGCGAGCAAUUGAACGUCACCCGUCGAGGUCCCCUUCAUCUCAUCGGUGCUUCAAACAAGCCCUGGGUCAAGGAUCUCUACGCUGAUAUUGACGUCAACACCACGGCGCAGAACGACGUUCAGAUCUGGUUCAAUCUUGCGAAUACGAACAAUGGAAGUUUGAGUGACAAUGUGUUCACGAGUGUACUCACCGUUGGACCUAAUUUCAACGCUACCCUGACUGGAUCUGGACCUACGGGAUUCCCUGUGCCUGAGGACACGCCAUUCGGAUGCACGGAUUUCAGGGCGUAUAACAUUGAUUUCAGAAAUGAUUUUGCGCCUCAAUCUGUUGGACCUGCGCAUGCGGUUGGUGUGAGUCGGGCUAAUGCGGGCUUUUACUCUUGUGGCUUCUACUCUUACCAAGACACUGUUUAUGUUGGGAAACUUGGAAAUGCUUACUUCUACGACAACAUCAUCGCCGGACAGACUGAUUUCCUGUACGGCUUCGGCACAGCUUGGAUUGAGAAGUCAACACUAUCUCUCCGAGGCUGCGGAGGCGGCAUCACAGCUUGGAAAGGCACCAACACGACAUUCACCAACAAAUACGGCGUUUACAUCGAUAACUCACAGCUCAUUCCGGUAAACUCCACCAUCGCUACAAACUUUGUUGGAAAAUGUGCCCUCGGUCGACCAUGGAACUCGCAGCACAAGUCGAUCUUCAUGCAGUCGUACUUUGAUGCAGUGAUAUUGCCUGCUGGUUAUAUCGAGUGGAGCAAGUCGACACCAAGAGUUGAUAAUUAUACCUUCAUGGCGACGUGGAAUGAUCAUGGGCCGGGAUAUAAUGUUGAGGCUGAGAAGGCGAGUAAUGUAACGAGGGUCUUGACGGAUGCGGAGGUCAAGUCUUAUAGAGCGCCUGCGGAUGUAUUUCAGACUCCUGAAGGGAAGUUUGGACACGUCAAGUGGAUUGACAAGAAAGCUCUAUAA